AACAAAUAUACCUAGCAAGUUGACAUGACGUCACUGAGUAGGGACAUUCUAGUGACCUGGGUAGUGAAAGAUGGGACCAAUGUCGGUUUGCAUAAAAUAUAAAAAACGACCAGAAUCGAUUGCCUAGUUAAUCAAAUUCACAGCCUUUUGGGAGAGAACUGUUCGAAUUCAAUGAACCACAGGCGGAAAUGAGGUGACACGUGUCUAAAAGCUUCUGAGAAGUACUAUCAAUUUGUUUCAGAAACUUUCGGAGUUUGUGCUGGGCUUUGCAUUUUCGUGGUCAAGAAACAUGUCCCCUGCACCAGAAUCUCCCCUGGGGUACAUCCCUCCGGACGGGGGCUGGGGCUGGGUCGUGGUGUUUGGGGCCUUCAUCUCCAUUGGCUUCUCGUAUGCCUUCCCCAAAGCCCUCACAGUCUUCUUCAAAGACAUCCAGCUGAUCUUCGGUGCCUCCUACAGCCAGAUAGCAUGGAUCUCCUCCAUUAUGCUGGCAACCAUGUAUGCCGGUGGACCUAUCAGCAGUAUUCUGGUGAAUCGCUAUGGAAGCCGGCCUGUGGUCAUAGCUGGUGGAGUGAUGUGUGGCGUUGCUAUGGUAACUGCUUCUUUCGGCAAUACCAUUACGCAUUUGUACAUAUGCGUAGGAAUCAUUGGAGGGUUUGGACUCUCCUUUAACCUCCAGCCGUCCCUCACCAUCAUUGGGAAGUACUUCCAGGUCAAGAGGCCAUUAGCCAAUGGGCUGGCCAUGGCAGGAAGUCCAGUCUUCCUCUGUACAUUAGCACCUAUCAACCAGUUCCUGUUUAACCACUUUGGCUGGAGGGGCAGUUUCUUCAUCCUGGGAGCUCUGCUGCUCAACUGCUGUGUUGCCGGUUCUCUCAUGAGGCCCAUUUGUCCAAAGCCCACUGGAGGCCAACUCAAGCAGACAAACGGAUUCCCGGAGAAACCUCCCACGGACCAGUCUGAGGCCCAGAUGAAUGGACACAACCCACAGCUUGAGAAAGGCUGUAUGGAAAACUUCAACAAGUUUCUGGACCUCUCACUCUUCAAGCACAGGGGCUUUCUGAUCUACAUCUUAGGGAACACAAUGAUGUUCUUUGGUUUCUUCGCCCCUGUAGUGUUCCUGGCCCCGUACGCCCGGAGCCAUGGCUUUGAUGAGUACUCUUCCGCCUUCCUCCUCUCCAUCAUGGGCUUCGUGGACAUGUUUGCCAGGCCGGGGACUGGGCUGAUAGCUAACACUAAGUGGAUCAGGCCCAGGAUCCAGUACUUCUUCAGCUUUGCCAUCAUUUAUAAUGGUAUGUGCCACCUGUUGUGCCCCUUGGCCAGUGGGUACUGGGGGCUGGCGGCCUACUCAGUGUUCUUUGGUAUAGCGUUUGGCAUGGUGUGUGCCCUGCUGUUUGAGACACUCAUGGACCUGGUGGGGCCUCAGCGGUUCUCCAGUGCAGUGGGACUGGCCACCAUCAUAGAGUGCGGCCCCGUGCUCCUGGGACCACCUAUAGGAGGAGCCUUGGUGGACACCUUUGGUGACUACAAGUACCUGUACCUCAUGUGUGGAGCGGUGAUGGUGUUCGCAGGACUCUUCCUCUUUGUUAUGAACGUCUACAACUACAGGAUGCUGGAGCGGGAGAGGAGGCAGGAGGAGGGAGAGGUGAAGGAGGGCUGUGAGAGCCAGGAGCAGGACCAGGAGCAGGGUAUGUGGCUGUGUGAGAGGGGAGAGGCUUCCUCAGAGGAAAGAGCAGAAAAGCCUGAGUUUACGAAGGAACAAGACACCCAGGGAGACUAAAACUCGCUAUCCAUCACACCAGUGUUUACAAGCACACUAUAUUGAUUUCAGUACAUCAAUGUAUAGGCCUAUCUCAUAUCCCAUCCACCCACACACACACACACACACACACAUCCUAUUUUAUUCUGUUUAUGUUGGUUCCUGUUAAUGUGUUAACUCUACUUCUAACCUUGGUGGAGUACACUCCUGUAGGCGUUCCCCAUGCUGACAAAGGCUGUUUGGAGAGAACUACUUCUGACUGUAUGAGAUCAAAUAGCAGUGUAAUCCUUUCCGGAACAUUAUUUAUUUGAGCAGCCAGGUGUGCCACUCCCCUGAGCAGUCCCAGCUAGUAUCUAGUUUCUCGUGGUCAGGGAUAACUCCAGGCUCUAGUAAUUCAUUAUAAACAAAAACCACCUAUUAAUCUAUGUAAAGUUACAUCGAGUGUUACUCUGUGAAUUAUGACCGUUAAAUACAUACUUGAUAUCAAUAAUGAAACUGUGAACAAACAUUUGCAGUUGAGAGGUUUGUCACAUCCAUAAUGAGGAUGUGAUAUAUCAGCCUUGUGGUAGUCAUGAACAUUUACUCUUCUGCCUGUAUUGAUGUUACAGUGAGUGGAUGAAGAAUGCACUGUUACUGACAUUAUGAUGUCAUGUUAUGCGUCUUGUUCAGGAUCCAUUUUUCACUUAUAUGACCAAAAGAAAUGUCUGCUUUAAAAUGUACCCAAACAGAUCAUAGAAUGAAUGUAAUGAACACGGAUUCAGCUGUAAUGAAGUUUACGAUGACAAUGUAAAUCAUGUCUAGGCUGUAGCUUUGCAUAAACUGUUUGUUUUCUUUUAAAGAUGGAUUUAUUGUUUUAAGAUGCUAACUGGGACUCACUUUUUUAAACACUGUAUUUGAAGGACUGUAUUCAAAGUUAAUAUGAUUGGGUAGAAUACUCAGCAAUAAAUGCUAUCAUUCUUA